UGACAAACUAAUCUGAGAAUUUCUUCCAGCGAAACUGAGGUGGGAAGGUCACAAUUCAUCUAGAGGUCUAAACGUGCUGUCAAGAGGAUCAGUGCCACUGACAAAAAAUGGACAGAAAUGAAGCCCCAGAUUUCUCUGACAUGGAAGAGAGAGAGCGCCUAAGAAUGGACCGUGAGCUAGAGGAAAUCAUUGGCAAGACCAACCUUUUGCCCGAAGAUGAAAAGCAAGAUAGAAGAGAUUUAAGAGAACUUCAAGAGAAAACAGAGAAGAUGAAUUCCCACGCAAAAGAGACCAUUGAGAGCCUUCGUGCAGCGGCUAAGAAACUAGACGACGUAUGGAAGGACUGCAAGAUAUCUCAUGCUGUUGGAACCAGCGUUGGAAUACUGGGUGGGCUUCUUACAAUCGGUGGAGGAAUUGCAACAGCACUGACAGCAGGGGCUGCUACUCCUUUGUUGAUAGCAGGAUUGUGUGUUGGAGGCGCUGGAGCUACUACAAACUUAGGGACUGCUAUCGUCGAGGCGGUGAUAAAUUCUGCUGAAAUCAAAGAGGCCGAGAAACACCUUGGUGAGACCAUAGACAGUGCUAACGAGGUAGACAGGAUUGUCCAGGAGGUUUUGAUGAUCAAGGAAACAGCGAGGCUUAUUUAUAUUUAUCACCUUGCCAAGACCCUGGAGUUGGGAAGUCCUGUGGUCUUGAAGAUCCUUCGUGAGUUGGUGUUUUUCUCCGCAGGAACACCUACUAAAAUGGUAAUACAAGUAACAGAAAAAGUAAUGGCCUGUGCACAGGCAGCGAGUCAGGCCAGUGUGAAAGCUGCAACCCAGGGUGGUGUUCAAGGAGCGGGAAAGGCAGCUGCACAAUCUGUUGACGAUGUGGUACGAGCAACGGGUCAGGCUGGAGCACAAGCUGCAGAUGACGUGGUCCAAGCAGGGGCUAGGGCGGGCUCCGAGGCAGUCGGUGAAGUUGUGGGUAAAGUCAUCAUUGUAGUCAAUGUUGCAUUCGUGGUGUGGGAUGCCAUAGACCUUGGCUUCACUAUCAGGGAUCUCGUUGAAAACAAGGGAUCUGAAGCUGCAAAAGUUCUGAGACAAAAGGCAGACAAACUCGAGAAUGCCAUGAAGGAGUAAACCUCAGCCAAAGGGAAGAGUUCGAAACGAUUUUCAAUGAUAAACAUAACAUUGAUCUACGUUGAGGUGAACAUUUUUCACCAUGCAGUUAGUUGCAUUUGGCGAUUUUUGAUGAGGACGUUACCUCUUAGGACUGCAUUAACGGUAUAUUGCAAAUUUUCUUUUUGAUGUGGCCUCUUUCGAUUUUCAGAGAGAUAAGAAAAGGAUGUUUCAAUUUAAUGUAUGCAGUAAAAAGGAGCGUAAUAAAAUACUUACAUAUUCUAAAGUAA